UUUCCAGCACGUCUCCAAGUACCCUAGCUUGCGUAACAGUUCUAUCAGCCGGUGGCACCCAGACAACCACUUGUACCAGUGUUGUUGUCAAUGUCGACAUUUCAAAUUAAAGCGAGAAAAUUCAAGUACGUUUCUUCCAUCCGUUAUUGUCAAAGCUGUCUCCGUAGGUGUCGUACGUUAACGGUCAACGGAGAUGACGCUUUUAUAACCAUUUCAGUUCGGUCGCGCAGUAGCAACGAGGCAGCGCAUGCGGCGGCCUUUCGUUUCGUACAGGAAAGUUGUAGCUUAACUAUUUAGAUUUUUUGGUAAGAUUUGUGACGUGAACAACAAACACUUACGCCUAUGUUUUUACUCGAGUUCGGUAGGAUCAAUGAACGAAAUUUUAGUUUCGGCUCUUAAAAUGGGAUUGUUUUUGCCCGUCGUCGCUGUCAGCCCCUCCGACGCGAUAUCUGACGAGAGCCUUCUGCGCUGUGAGGGGCUGAACAACCAGAGCUACGUCUGUGAGUCCGGGCACUGCUGCGGGGAGUCCCAGUGUUGCAGCUACUACUAUGAGCUUUGGUGGUUCUGGCUGGUGUGGGUCAUCAUCCUCAUCCUCAGCUGCUGCUGUGUGUGUCACCAUCGGCGCACCAAACACCGGCUCCAGCAGCAGCAGCGCCAGCACGAGAUCAACCUCAUCGCCUACCGGGAGGCACACAGCUACGCCUCGGUGCCGUUCUACUUCAGGUUUCUUCCAAAUUACCUCCUGCCUGACUAUGAAGAGGUGGUGAACCGGCCUCCCACUCCCCCACCUCCCUACAGUGUCUCGCACACAGGCACUUCCGCUGUGGCCAGCCCGCUGACCUCUGACCCACAGGAUGUGAUGGGACACUGCCUGACCAUUCAGACCACUCCCACUGCGGCGGUGUCUGACGCCCUCCCCCCCAGGCCGAGCUUGGAAGAGCCCCAGCACAUUGGGACUCCCAACAUUGGCUUCAACCGAAACAAGGCUGCCUAUAAGCAGGAGGAACCCCUGGACGGAGGACCAGGGUUAGGGCCCCAGGAGGCCCUCACCGAGGGGCCCGUGAGCCCAGUGAAGAACUGCAAGGAGCCUCUGUUUCUCAGGGACCUGGGGCCAGAAGCUGAGAACGCUGCCCAGGAGGACAAAGACAGGGGGGCCCUCGGGCGUCGCCGGCGCUUCACGGGGGACUCCGGCAUCGAGGUGUGUGUGUGCGGCCGCGGCGGCAGUACAGGCAGCGGAAGGGAGAUGGAGAGCCUGCUAGGGGAGGACGAGGACGAGGACGUCGAAGGGGACUUCUGUGACGGGUGCGCUCACCGGUCCGCGGAUGUACCGGUGGAAGAGCCGGCCCCGGCCCUGGAGGGCCCCGUUGGGAGGGCGGGGUGCAUGCCGGAAACGGGGUCCCCCACCCUGCCACCACCCGCCAUGGCACAACCCCCCCACCCGGCUAUGUGUCUGCUCACCAUCAACGAGCAGGAGGGGCCCCCUCACCCUAGCGCCGAGCCCCAGGGCUGAGACACGCCUGGCUAAAGCUAGGCUAAAGCACACCUUCACCGAGGUGGGAGAGAAAAAGAGCUCCAGGAGUGUGAGUCCAGACAGACGUUAGUGUGUGUGUGUGUGUGUGUGUGUGUGUGUGUGUGUGUGUGUCUGUAAGCGUGUGUGGUAUGAGUUUUUGUGUGUGACAAUUAGGAAGCAUUUCCAAGUCUCGACUAAACAGCCUGAUGUUGAUAAAGCCCCUUAGCCAUACUUUCAGUCACGGAGGCCUUUCUGUCGGCUAGCAGACAGGAGAGACUAGCCCCUAUUCACUAGACUGGCUGCCUACAGACUGCUAAGUGCAUCCAGCUCUUAAUGGCGCCUGGCAAUGCCUCUCUGUGCCCUUACCGAGUGGGCCCAGUCUCCAGAGAUGUACAUCACGUUAGGACCGGAGACUCACAGUCUGUAGCAGUAAGCAGUCGAUGACUCUACGUUUGUUUUGGCGCAUGCAGAUACAGUACACACUGGUGCAGCUCUCCACAGUUGCUUCCUGUCCUGUUAACCAACCUCAAGUAGCGCAGAAACAUUGUCAGGCAGUGCCGUGUGAAUCGUCGUGGCGACGACGCAUGCUUGUGCAAUUUGACACUGUACAGGAAAGAAAGGCUGAUUCAGAUGACUGCCUGUGAAUGCUGCCAUCGUUUUCCACCCAAGUGCUUUUUUUAAUGGGAACCGUAUAGCCUUGUGGUUUAUCUUCUCCCAGUCUUCUCACAGGGAAAUAAGUGCAUUAUCAAGUUUCAUGUCACACAGAUUUUUUUUUUUUUUACUUUGCACAUGUGUUUAACUAGUAAUAGAGGUGUAGAAACUAUAUAAAGAAUGUAUGUAGCAAACCCACAACAUUUUGUAUCAGUGUAAUAAGCCCACCAAGGUCUUUAUCAGUUUAACAAGCCCAAAAACGUUCUGUGUCAAUGUAACAAUCCCACAAACUUUUUGGUGUAUGACAUUUUUCUCUUUGGUUUGUAUCAACAGUGUUUAAUCAUUGAGAUUAAUUCUGCAUCAUUGAGAUUCAUUCUACAUAGGGAAAAACUCACCACACAUUACCAUUUAUAGACCUCUUGCAGAGUCAAAGAACAGUAUAGGUUCUUAAAGAAAUGUUGCUCCAUUUAUAAAGUGCCUAAGUAAUAUUAAAUAGGCCUAAGUAAUAUUAAAUAAUAUUACUCAGGCCUAUAAACUGGUAAAUUGUAUUGUGCGUCUCCAAAGCAUGUUUGUUAUGGCACACCACGAUUGUCCGUUGCGGAAAGCGGUGUACAAGACAGAGUUUAGUUACAAGAAUCAAGCUAUUAGUGGCACAAAGUGAAUUCUAGACAUUUUUGUUUGUCUAACUUUAAUUGUACCAACCUACAAGUGCAGAAAUGAAUUCGAUGUACGUUUUUACAUUUAUGUAGUUUGUGCACUUUCAAUUCACCAUUUUCAUGCCACAGUCUAGGAUUUACGACCGUGGCGUUCCAUCAGCCCCCACGCGGACAAAGGAUCCGGAAGCUUCUGCCUGUGUUUGUUUACAUCUACUUUACUAAGGUUGUUGUGGUCUUACUCUCUGGUGACUUGUCACUCUUAAACCCUGAAUGUUCAUUUUCUUAUACAUUUUAAUGUUAAUUCUUACCCGGGAAACAUCUGUGUAGCGUUGGCAUGCUAACCUUUUUUUGUAAUUUGCUCUCCAUUUUCCUGAGGAUAUGGAUUUGGGAAUCUCCUUGGGUAAUGCAGUGUUUUUGAAUAUCCUACAGCGUGGGUCUAAAUGAUGUACAGUGAGCAAAUUUAAGAGCAGCUGUUAAAGUAUAGCAUAGGCAUGACCUGUUUUUUGCCUAGUGAGGUGCACUGUUGGCUACAGAAGAGAAAAGGGGUGUGUUUUUUUUUAUGCCUUGGGCUACUGUAAACGUGAUACUAUGUUAUUUUAGUUGGAUCUACAAUGUGAACUAUAUUAUUGUGAUUUUUCAGACAUUGAACAAGCAUUAAAAUGUUUAGUUUUUUUAUACAAACCCUAUUCGCCAGAGUAGGGUUUUAUGAAACUUUCAUGUCAAAGGCCCCUGGAUAUGUUAAGCCAAGCAAACCCCUAUUAAUAAAAAAAUCAAUUCUAUUUUCGCCCUGUAUGUUAGAUGUACAUGUAUAGGCCUAUAUAAUAUUACUUACGCCUAUAAACAGGUAAAUAACUGGCUUCAGGGUUCAUUAACCAAUCAAAUUCAAGUGCUUUCAAGGACCUCAUUGUAAUAUUCAAAAACCUUUAUUUGAUACAUUGUUGGUUUAAUAUAGAAACUUCCCCCAAACAAUGGGAGUAAAAUCAGGGAAUCUUGAAAAAUCUGGAAGAGCCCUGUCUGCCAGAAGUUUUUUUUACUGCUGAAAACAAAAUGUUGUAUUACUAAAACAUUAUUUAGGGAAAAUUAAACAUAAAGAUAGUCGUUUUGUGAAUUUAAAAACAGUGGCUUUCAAUAUUACAAAUAUUUUGUCUUUUCAACUGGAAAAGUAUUUAAAGUCUCCAGAAAUAUCUGCAGAUUUGGUUAACAGAUUUGUCUAAAAUCCAAAAUAAUUUGCAUAUUUUCUCUUAUGAACAAAUAUUUAUCCGUUUUUUGCAACAUGCUCAAACUAUUGACGAAUUUGCUGUGCAAGACCUAAGGGAUAGUAUUUGCCUAAUAAAUUAAUGUUUUAUUUUUUGUUCUUCUGCAUCUAGAAAAACAUGUCAAAAUGCACACACAAAAAAAAAAACAUGUUAUGUACUGCUGUACAACAAACAAUACAUUUGGAUAUUUCUUUUCAGAUUAUUGAAUUUAAUGAGGGCCUUUAAAUAAUUUUUGGACAAUAAAUGUAAAAUAGAGCGACUUUUAGAGUGGCUGACGGAGGUGACGUUACUCCAGUUAAUUGCAUUUUAUGAAGGAAUCAAAAGCACUAAAGGAUGUGUGUAUAUAUAAUGUGUUUAUAUAUUUUUUAUAUUAUAAUUUUAGGUAGAAUUUAUUUUGGUCCCGAUUUUCAAGAAUCCAAAAAAGUGUAAAUUACCACUUUAAGAAUAAAGGGGAGACCGAAAAUGUGAUUGUAUCACCAACUUGAUCACCAAAACUGCAUGUUUUACAGAUGCAGUGUAGGCAACUGAUAAAAAAAUGCAUGUCAUUUAGCAGAAAUUUUAGCCUAAAGGUGUUUUUUUUUCUGUUUUAAACUGCUUCAGGGGCAGCAGUUAAACUGGUUUUCUGCCCAUAGAGACAUUAUUUGGCACAGGGUUUUCCGUCUUGAGUUUGGACAAGGAAAGAUCUGGGUUUCCUGGAAGAUUUCAAGAUAUUGUCGGGCAUUUCAGUAUUCCUAUUUAAACUGGAAGGGCUUUUGAAAAUGAUAAUACCAGUGAAAAAAUAAAAAUACGAUCAUGUCCACUCAGGUCACAAAACUAUUCAUGUUUAAAGCCACUGUAGGCCUAUGAAGCACAGUUGGUCUACCUGCUAAAUGUUGUGGUUAUAUGCUAUUACUGUAGUAAUUUUUGUAGUAAGUUUUGUUUUAGCCUACAUUAAACAAAAUGUCAGACACUCUGUCCUUUUCUCUUUCCUUGCACUUGGUUAUCAAGGGAUUUAUCAUUACUUCAUAAUAACCAGUUAAUUACGGUGACUUUGUUAUAGGGGAGAUCCGAAUUCUGCACUAAGUAGCUAGUAAGUAAGCAAUUUAAUUUAUAUUAUAGAAGCCUACGCUAUGUUUUUCUUUUGCAUUCCCUUCUCUGCACUUAGUGGUUCCCUGAUUCUUUACUUAGCAGCAAAAUACACAUUGUAGUAUGCUUGCAGGUUUAGUGUUUCGCCUUGUGGCGGUUAUUUUAGUGAAGCUCUGCCACAGCAAACGAUGCCGCCAAUAAGUAGGUGUGCUGGUGACCCUACUGUUUUUUUUAAUGUUUGUCUUCUACAAUGAAUCCAGUUUGUAACAGUUACUCAGUUGGCAUGCCUAAGAUACUGGAAUGCUGCUUCCAGGUGCAGUUUUUAUUCCCAAGGUCUUGAACUACAGCAUUCACCCAAACAAUUCUUACUUCUAGUGUUGAGUACAGGCAGGCUGUGUUUUGGUUAUGUUUUGGUUUUACAAAGCUGUGUCAAUCGAUAACAUUCAACGAGUUCUUUGAACAAUCUAAUGCAGUGACUCAUUCAAAAAGGACAUCAUGUCACCUCCCUACACCAGAGCAGAGAAGGAUAUAUUAGGGAAGCCCAAUUUAAAAACGGUAUAUAAGGUAAAGGGGAAUAAUGGCGAUUAUUAAAAAUGUGUCAAGUUUGAUGAUUCUCAAAGUCAUUGCUGGGCUGACAAAUGCGUUGCUCUUGCUCCAGCUCCCCCUCCCCUGCAAGGCACGUUUAAACUCCGCUGUACUGUGGAGUGGAAUUGCAACACCCCCUAGCAGGUUUAAGUUUACAUUGUGAAACCGCCGCCAAAAACACAUUCAUAUUUACCAAACUCUGCUUCAGGGUAGCCAGACUCCUUUAACAGAACAGGAUGUUAUCAAAUCAUAAAACAAAAUGAAUAUGAAAUACCCAAUGGCUGCUAUGCAAAUUUAUAUUGCCAUUUAUAUGUCUUUGCAGAGGUGUCAGAAAAGAUUGUGGUUAUGAACCUGCGUUCAUGAGGUGAAUGAGGUGGAAGGGCAUCUUAAUCAGUUGCUCUUCCCGAAAGACUGAAAUCUUGGGUGGUAAUCCCCUUCCCCGUAAGCUUUUCUAGCUUGGCCGUACAUGCCCUGAGUGAAAGCUAAUAUUUGCUGUUAUUCCCCUUUAACUGUUUUAUUUCACGUCACAUGCUGUUCAUGGAAAUAUUUCUUGUUUUUAAUUAAAAUGUUCUUUAACUGCAAUAGGUUUGUGAGGAAGCCUUGAAGGAUACUUUGGCAGCACUGUAAAACCAUAGUACAGGCUGAAUGGUUGAGCACAGGAAUGGUUCUCAAGAAUCCUAAUUUUGAUUGUGCUGGGAAAAUACUUCAAUAACUGCAAAUAUUGGGUUGAAAUUAGUUACAACCACCUACAAAGCACAGACAUUUGUCAUCAUCCCCUUUUAUACACUCAAAACAUAUCAGCUACUGUCUUGCGAAAGACUUUCAUAGUUUAAUUGUUAUAAUGAGUGAGGUAAUGUGGUGCUUGUGGCAGCAUAUUACAGCAUAUGUCACUGGAUGGUUUAGAUAUAUUCUGUUUAAGCCUGGGUAUAUUGAGGAUAUCAGUGGGCUUGUUGUUUUUUUUUAUCCGCACUUCCAGGCUCGUAAUCAGGCACCGUAGGAGUGCUGAUCAACGAAACGUUUUGACUUUUUCUUUUUUAGAUCGUAACAAAUAGAAGUACAUUGGCAGGCAGAUCUGAUUCUAGAUCAGUAAUCCCACACUGAGACAGUUUAUCAAUAUGUGCCUAAACACAAGUGAUUUUGAUGUGUAUUCGUUUUCUAAAAAAAAUUAAAUAAGAUACAACAUUCUGUAUUUGUGGUACUAUAAGGGUAAAUUAUUUUAUCCAAGCAAUGCCUUCUGUUAACUCAUAUAAUGAAAUUGUAAAGCUUUUGAACCACUUAUUAGUCAAUGGUGAAUUCUAAUAUUCUUUAUUGCAAUUGUAAACCAACUAGAUACUUAAAAAUCUGUCAAUAGCAGUCAACAAUCAGUGUUUUAGUUAUUCAGCUUUUUUGUAAUAGCAUAAAUAACUUCAUUUUGUUUUGUUGAGUAAAUAAUUGCUACUCUCAGUACACUGAAUCUUCCUCAGUUGAAGAAGUGUGAAGGAAAAUAUACAGGUAACACAAUGUACACUACACAGACCUGUUGAAUGACCAGCCUGUUUUCUUGUGAAUGUGGGCCUCAUGCCAAAGAUAUUGUUCUGUUUCCACAUGGGGAUGUAAGGUGGUUCUGCACAUUUGUUCUUUGUGUUCAUUGGUGAUUUAAUCAUAAACAGCCAAAUUGACACAUGUUCAAUAAACAUGCUUUUACAGACAGAAA